AUGGGGAAAAAGGGAAAUUGGUUUUCUACAGUGAAGAAAGCUCUCAGCCCUGAUUCAAAGAAAUCAAGUAAAUCAAAGAAGAAAUGGUUUGGGAAGCAGAAAUUGCAGAGUUCAGACCCUUCCGUAGAACAUACGGCGCCGCCGCUUCCUCCACCGGAAGAUGUUAAAUUAACUGAUAUUGAAAACCAAAACAAUCACUAUCAUGUUCCUGAAAUUACAACUGCCGUGGUUAGUGAGGAACCCGGUCCUUCUGUUCCAGCACCAGUUGUUAGGAAUGAAGUUUCCGUGGCAGCUCGUUAUGCUGGUAAACCAAAAGAUGAAGUGGCGGCAAUCAAGAUUCAAACAGCUUUUCGUGGAUACUUGGCACGAAGAGCGUUGCGGGCCUUAAGAGGGUUGGUCAGAUUGAAAACAUUGAUGGAAGGGCCGAUUGUGAAACGUCAAGCCAUGAGUACCCUCCGCUCAAUGCAGACGUUAGCUCGUGUGCAAUCUCAGAUUCGUUCCAGGAGGGCCAGAAUGUUAGAGGAGAAUCAGGCUUUGCAAAGACAGCUCUUACAGAAGCAUGCAAGAGAGCUCGAGACCAUGCGGAUUGGAGAAGAAUGGGAUGAUAGCCUACAAUCAAAAGAACAAAUUGAAGCCAAAUUAAUGAGCAAGUACGAGGCUACUAUAAGAAGAGAAAGAGCAAUGGCUUAUGCAUUCACUCAUCAGCAAAACGGGAAGAAUUCGUCUAGACCUAUGAAUCCAAUGUUCGUGGAUCCAACCAAUCCUACGUGGGGCUGGAGCUGGCUUGAACGAUGGAUGGCUGCCCGGCCUUGGGAGAGCCGUGGCCUAAUGGAUAAAGAACUGAAUGACCAUUCAUCUGUUAAAAGUUCGAGCCGCAGCAUUACAGGUGGAGAAAUCAGCAAAUCAUUUGCCCGUUUCCAGCUGAAUUCCGAAAUACAUUCUCCAGCAGCCAGCCAGAAUCCAGGCUCGCCGAGCUUUCAGUCAAAUUCAACAACUCCUAAGCCAGCUUCUGCAGCAGUUGCGAGGAAAUUGAAGAAGGCAAGUCCAAAGGGAAGCUGGAUUAUGGAAGAAGACUCCAAAAGCAUGGCCAGUGUACAGUCGGAUCGGUUCCGUAGGCACUCUAUAGCCGGGUCAUCAAUUAGAGACGAUGAGAGUCUCGCUAGCUCUCCAUCAGUUCCGAGCUAUAUGGUGCCGACUCAAUCUGCAAAAGCUAGGUCUAGGACACAAAGUCAGAGUCCAUUAGCUAAAGAAAACGGCAAACAAGAGAAGGGGUCCUUUGGGACCGCAAAGAAGCGUCUUUCUUUCCCGGCUUCACCCGCCAGGCCAAGACGCCAUUCAGGUCCACCGAAGGUAGAAAUCGCCGUAAAUGCAGAGGUCACUGUGGACAAUGGUGUGGCCAGUUGA